GUAAUAGACUGGCUGAACAACCAUGGGGAUGUCUUCUUGAAGAAGAAUACCUCCAUUGGGAAAUCUUUACAGAGAGCAAAAGCAUUGCAGAAGAGUCAUGAACACUUUGAGUCUGUGGCAAGGAACACAAUAACAAAUGCAGAAAAGUUGCUGGCAGCCGCAGAUGAACUGGCUCAGACUGGUGAAUGUGAUGCCACAGAGAUUUACAGUGAAGCUCAUGAGCUGGAGCAGCGCAUGCAUGGGUUCCUGACUGCCCUGCAGCGGCGCAGAGCGGUCCUGGAUUUAACAGUGAUUUUCUACUCACAUGUUCAUGAGUUGACGAAUUGGUUAGAAGACCUGUACACAGAGCUUCAGAGCACAGAGCUGGCCGACAGUGUGGAAGGGGCUGAGCAAUUGAUAGCACAGUUUAACCAGCAGAGAGAGACAACCGUUGAAGCAGCCAUAAAUACUGUUGGAGAAGGAGAGACUUUGUUGGAACAGCUGAGGUUGAUCUCUAUGGAGACAGAAAAAGCAGGGCACAGUGCAGAUUAUAAGCAUAUAGAAGGGGUUUUAAGCCAGCUUAAUGACAGCCGGAGCCAGCUGGAAGAUUUAUGGGCAGCCAGGAAGUUGAAGCUGGAUCUGUGUUUACAGCUGCAAGUCUUUGAAAGAGAUGCCAUGGAAGUGUCCUCGCAGCUGGAACUUCUGUCUGAAGAGUUGCAGCACAUGGAGAUGGUGACAGAUGGCACCAAGGCAGAACAGCUGCUACAGAUUCACAAUGAGAGCGUCAUGCAUGUCCAGAAUUGUACCUAUGAAGUUAUACAGAGGGGUCAGGAGCUAGCUCAGGUGAUGAGUGAACAUGAUAAUGAUGCCACCAACCGUAUCGGAGUCUUGUUAGAGUACCUGAAUGAGAGACAGGUGGAUUUGGAAGGCCUGGCUGAGCAGAAGAGACUCCGACUGCAACAGUGUAUACACCUGCGCAACUUUGAGAUUGAAGCUAGACAGGUUAUUCUGUGGGUGCGCAAUGGAGAGUCAAUGCUCACAGAUAGCUUCAUGUGUCCUAAUUCUUUGGUGGAAGCAGAGCAGCUGAAAAAGGAGCACGAGCAGUUCAUGAUUGCCAUCGAGAAAACACAUUUUAGUGUUGUUACGGUGACCCAACGAGCAGAAGUCAUGCUCCAACAGCAGCAUUACAAUGGGGAGCUUGUUCGGGCGAUUGCUGAAAAUGUGACCUUGGCCUGGCAACAGCUUAUGUAUCAUGCAGAAGAGCGGCAAAAACUGGUGAUGGCAUCUACAAAUUGGUACAAAACUGCUGAACAGGUGUGGUCUGUCCUGGAGUCUUUGGACAGGGACUACAAGCGUGAUGAAGACUGGUGUAAUAGUGAAAAGGCUGGCACAACCAACACUCAGGCAAAGGCAGCCUAUCUAGUCCAACUAAUUAAUAAACACAAUGAACAGAAAGAGGCCUUUCUCAGGGCAUGCACUUUAGCCAGAAGAACUGCUGAAACAUUCCUUAAGUACGUAACCAGAAACCUUCAUUUUCUGGGCGUGCAAAUGAAAUUUGGGAACCCGGAGCAACGGGUGAAAGGUACCUUAGCCAAGUUACUGCAGCAGGAAAAUCUGGUGCUGGAAUACUGGACAAUGAAAAAGAGGAAGCUAGAACAAUGUCAUCAAUUUGUCUUAUUUGAGCAGAGUGCCAAACAGGCCCUGGAGUGGAUCCAUGACUACGGUGAAGCUUACCUGACUUCUCAUACAAAUCUGGGAUCUGACAAGAAUGAGACAGAAGCAUUGUUGAAAGAGCAUUACGAAUUCAGGAACAGAGCUAAGGAAACGAAAGAAAAUGUCAAGUUGCUUCUGCAGCUGGCGGAUGACUUUGUCACUAAAGGUAACAUUCAUGCCACAAGCAUCAUGGAAUGGUGCUCCAUGGUGGACAAGCGCUACAAACUCUUCUCAAGCCGCAUGGAAAAAUACAGAGUACAGCUCCAGGGAAAGCUGGGAGUGACUCAUCAAGAGCAAAAUGAGAAAGAUGAGCAGAGGCAGAGCGAUUCCUCCAUAGAAGAAAAACUGGAACAGACGGGUACAAAUAAAGAAAUAACGGAGGAAAAGAGAAAGUCUGCUAGGAGGAGAGAAUUCAUUAUGGCCGAGUUGUUGCAGACUGAAAGAACAUAUGUGAAAGAUUUAGAGACAUGUAUCAAUUGCUACAUGAAGCCAAUGUCCCAACCCAAUGUUAAUGUUCCCUCUGGCAUUUUAAACAAAGAGAAUGUAGUGUUCAGCAACAUGGAUGAGAUUUAUGAAUUCCAUAAAGAUGUGUUUCUGAAAGAGUUAGAGAAAUACGAAACAAUCCCAGAAGAUGUGGGUCAUUGUUUUGUCACAUGGGCUGAGAAAUUUUCCAUUUACGUGACGUACUGUAAGAACAAACCUGAUUCUAAUGCCUUGCUAGUGGAACAGGCCGGAUCCUUCUUUGAGGAGAUGCAACACAAAAGCAAGCUGAAUGAACCUAUUGCCUCAUAUUUAAUCAAACCGGUGCAGCGGGUUACCAAAUAUCAGUUGCUGCUCAAAGAUUUGCUGACAUACUGUGAGGAACAUACUGGUGAAAUCAAGGAAGCACUUGAAGUCAUGAUGAAUGUUCCUAAGAAAGCCAAUGACGCCAUGCACCUCAGCAUGCUAGAAGGACUUGAAGACACCCUCCAGGCUUAUGUUUGGGAUCCUAAGCAGCUGAUCAAGAAAGGCCGUGAUCGUCACUUAUUUUUGUUUGACGUCUGCCUAGUUUUCUCUAAGGAGGUCAAGGACAGCAGUGGCAAAUCUAAAUAUAUUUACAAAUUUAAGCUUAUGAUCUCAGAAAUCAACAUCACGGAACAUAUAGAAGGUGAUGAGACCAAAUUUGCCUUGUGGACUGGAAGAGCUCCUAUUUCUGAUUACAGAAUCAUUCUAAAGGCAUCUUCAUUAGAUACCAAGCAGCAGUGGGUGAAGAGGAUGAGGGAGUUGAUUCAGGAGAGAGUCUUGUAUCUGAAUGAUGCCUUGAAAGACAAACAGGCAACUAUGUUCAAACCACCGCCCAAGUUCUUCAAUACCAGUCGUGUUAGCCGGGAACUUGAAGGAGAAGGAGUGGAAGGUUUGACAGCUUUAGAGAGGAGAGGCUCUCUGAUAUCAGUAACUUCUAAUGCUACCACAGGCACCAAUGACAGUGGCAGUAGUGGAGGUGGAAUGCAGGCUAACAGG